GUAGCUCUGAGGCUAGUGAACGCAGAACAUAUGAUGGCGGAUUCUCCUUACGCAUUGAAUAACUCACUGAGGCUUCAGUCGGCUCCAGAUGUCACGAAGUUCGAUGCGGAGCUUCCGCCUUCCAACCAGAAAGUUCCACGUAAACGUUCAAAACUCGCGUUGGAUGCGUUAAAUUUGCCUGGGUUGGAAACUUACUCCAUUCGACUACCCACAACUCGCUUGUCAGAUGUUGCAGCCACCACACCAAAAUCACUCAGGCGUCAGCUAAAGUGCUUUCUCCGCACCCACCUCUGUAACACAUUUCACCUCCCUAUUUGGCCGUCCAUUCUGAUAAACGGCCCCCCAUUUUGUGGCAAGACACUUUUGCUGGAGGCCGUAUGUGGAACUCUGGGUGCAAAACUCAUGACUGUGUCAAUCGGGACGGUACCGGCCAACAUGCGUGCUUGGAUCGAUAUAUUCACUCAGGCCAAAAACAACGCACCCUGCGUAUUGCACCUGGACGAUAUUGAGGGAAUGGAAAAGCACACAACUCCUGCAGGAACCUUCCGGAUUACAUGUCUUCUGAAAAGUCAGCUGCUACGAGACUUGAUCGGUUCUGGCGUUGCUGUUGUUGGUGAAACAAGAUCGCUUCUAGCCAGCUUACCGCAAUCGGUUGUCGAUUUGUUCACUCAGCGACUAACCUUUGGGAUGUUGUCGGAGGAGUAUCGUCUCGGCAUUUUCAAACAGUAUCUUCUUGAUGACGUGGGUGACGAGUUUGUAAUAUCAACUUCUCCUCAGUCCGACCGCAUGCAGCUAUCCGAAGGUCUCACGUGCCUAGAACUGGCCCGUCGUACUCCGGGGUACGAAGCCGGUGAUAUCAUUCGUCUUAUUGGUCAGCUACACAUGAGCGGGACACUGAAAUUAGCCGAAGGCGAACUUCAAGCGGUAGACAGUGAUAUGGAAGAAAGUGACAAGGUGGAACCUUCAGCAAGACGGCCAAGUUUUGCCUUCGACCCGGAUGCUCUGAUGUCCGAUGAAUCCAUGGAUUCUAAGGGCGUGUCAUCAAGUUCGAUUGUCAUCACACGUGCGUUGGUCGACGAAGCUUUGUCACUAGUAGUUCCUGCAGUGAAAAAUACCGCGGAGUUCGUCACCAUUCCAGAUGUAAAUUGGACAGAUGUGGGUGGCCUGGACUCAACCAAGACGCAAUUGUACAACCGGUUUAUGCUUCUUGUGGACGAUUGGAAACGAGCUCAAGCGUUGGGUCGCCGUUCAGGUGGCGUGCUACUUGAAGGCCCUCCGGGUUGUGGGAAAACCCUUGUUGCGAAAGCCCUUUCCAAUCAGGCUGGCCUGAAUUUUCUGUCCGUUAAGGGACCAGAGGUCCUGAAUAAAUUUCAGGGUGAGAGUGAACGGCGGGUGCGUGAAAUAUUCGAACGUGCUCGCGCUUGCCAACCUUGCCUGAUUUUCUUUGACGAAAUCGAUGCUAUAUGCCCCAAGCGUGAUAGUGACGAAUCUACGGGUAGUCGCGUCAGUCUGGUGAACCAGUUACUGGUAGAGCUUGAUGGUGUGGAUAAGCAUCGUUCCGCCCGCGUGUUCGUCGUUGGUGCCACCAAUCGGAAGGACAUGAUUGAUCCUGCGGUUCUCCGUCCCGGGCGUCUGGGUUUACACUUGGUAAUCAAUCCACCGCAGACUCCAAACGAAAGGCUAGCGGUACUCAGCGCGUGCACACGUGGUGCCACGGUUCCUCGAAUCGAGGGCGGCAUAACAUCCCUAGAUGAGUUGGCUAAAGAUCCGCGCACUGAGAAUAUGAGUGGAGCAGACUUGGACAACGUGCUAGAACUUGCCAAACAGAAUGCACAGCUGGACAGACAGGAUUUCAUUUCUCGGACGCACUUGUUUGCUGCCCUUGCUGAGUUGUUUUUAUUCACCUGCCUUCUAAUUCACGUGUGGACAUGGUGGCUGAAAUCAAGGAGAGCCACAAGAAACCACAUCAAAGGUCCAGUGCUGCUUGUCACGGCACAUCCGGAUGACGAGACAAUGUUUUUCUCUCCCAUACUUCUUUGGCUUAAAAAGGUGAAUGUCCCUGUGGAUUUGCUUUGUUUCUCUGCGGGGAACUAUGAAGGACUUGGUGCCAUUCGUGCAAAUGAGCUGCGCCAAGCGGCCAAAUGCUUCGGUAUUCGCAACCUACGCUUGAUAGAUUCUCCAACAAUAUUUCCGGAUAGCCCCAGUGUGGAUUGGUGCCCGAAAUCUAUUUUGGAGGAAGUUGGGCGGACUUGUGAACAGUGGGGUUCGAGAACACUAAUAACAUUCGACGAGUAUGGGGUUAGUUCGCAUCCCAACCAUCGUGCAAUAUCCUUGGCGUUGAGAACUCUCACCCAAGGCCAACUUCCACCCUGCCUCUGGCUACAAUCUGUUCAUGUCUUUCGAAAAUAUUGUUGGAUAAUCGAUACUUUAUAUACAUCACUAGUGCAGCCGGAAAAUUGUCUUAUUUUUUACGUUCCUUUGAGUUCCCUUGUAACCGCUUACACCACAAUGUUUGUUCAUCGGUCACAAUUAGUGUGGUAUCGUUGGCUGUAUAUCCUGUUCUCAGUGUACAUGUACAAAAAUACUCUUGUGAAAGCGUAG